AUGGUCAAAGUUGCACUUGCAGGCGGAGCUGGCAGGGUCCACGAGAUCCUGGUUUUGUCAAGAAGGGACGCCCCAGCCGAAGAGCUCUCCCCGGGAGUCCAGUGGGCAAAGACAACCUACGAUGAUGUCGACCAACUAGCCGAAACCCUGAAGGGCGUCCACACCGUGCUCUCCUUUGUGACCGGUUCAACCGAUCCCACCAAGACCGAGCAGAAUAGUGCCCAGAAAGUGUUGAUCGACGCCUCGAUCAAAGCAGGCGUCAAACGAUUCGCUCCUAGUGAAUGGGCUGCCGCCAAGUUCGAUCACAUGUUCUGGUAUAACUUCAAGGGCGAGACACGUACGUACCUGGCGGAGGUGAACAAGGAGAAAAAGGUCAUUGAAUACUGCCUCUUUCAGCCUGGUUUGUUCACCAACUACCUGACCUACCCCUUCAAGUCGUCCAAGCACGUACACCUCUUCGAGACCCCGAUCAACUACCAUCGGCGUCGAGCCCUCGUCACCGAGGGGAGAGAGGACGCCAUCUUCACAUUGACCACCGCCCAGGACUUUGCCAAAGUCGUAGCCUUGGCGGUCGAGUACGAGGGAGAAUGGCCCGUCAUCGGCGGCAUCAAGGGCGCCACGAUGACUGUCGGCCAGAUCAUCGCCCUCGGCAAGAAGCUCCGUGGAGAACCUUUCGAGGUCACGAGGCUCAAGGAUGAAGACCUCAAGGCCGGCGUCGUCGAGGCUCCGUGGCUGCCCUGGGUCGACCACCCGUCCAUCCCGGAGGAGUCGAUCCGAGCCUUCUCCGGAGCCAUGCUCUCCGGUUUUCUGCUGGGUGUCUCGGCUGGCAACUUCGAGAUCUCAGAUGAGUGGAACCGGCUCCUCCCGGACUUUCGGUUCACCCAGCCCGAGGACUUCCUGACGACCGCGUGGGCUGCCAUCGACGAUGGUGCCAAGAGUGUUCACACUGACUACUGA